GCACAUAGACCCCCCUCUAAACAUCCGACGGUGACUUAAAAGCUGAAAAAUGGCUGCUUUGCAAAAAUUCAGAGGCUUUUCGUCAAAGUUAUGGGGAAACUCCGAGCAGGAAGAAAACAACACCCUGACAAUGUUUGAUGUGUUUCACGGGAGAAUGAGAGAGAAGAUCGUGCUACAGCAGCUGAUAGUGAUUGCUCGGCUCCCCCACCAUCUUGCUGACAGGACAGAGCUGGGAGCUCAUUAUGAAAAGCUCAACUUCCAGUUAAGCAAACAGUAUAUAUGGGAUCAUAUGACGGGCCUGCUGUUAAUUUAUCCAUCCUGUCUGCUGCAUAUCAUUGAAUCAUCCAGGGAGGUUCUGGUUUCUGUUUUGAAAGACCUUGAAGACGUGCAACAGCAGCCAGACUGCACCUUGCUGGAAGCUCCCAAGGUUGUGUUCAUGGCACACAACCCUCAAAGCAGGCUGUUCCAACAGUGGAGCUACAAGGUGCUCGAUGUAGAUCAGGGGGACGGGGACAUCAGGGCUAAGAGACUUGAGGAAGAGGAAGAGAGCACAGAGACGCUGGUUUGCACUGUCCUAUCAGAACUGCAGAACCUGGGUGAACACCUUAAAAUAUCUAAGGCUCUUCCUGGGUCAGUGCUGGACGAGAUCCCGGAGCUGAUCGUCUCUCAGGAGGUUGUACACAAGCUUUUGGCUCGAGAUGAGCUCCAGACUCCGCAACAACACCUAAAGAUGUACAACUCACCGCUAAACAUCAGCAUGGACUUCGGACAAGUUAUUCGAAGCAGCUUCCUCACCACAGUUUAACUUUUAGGACAAAAGGUCAAAGAAUGUGUUUGGCCUUCACUAAAGUACCUUGGAUGUGACUGAAGCCUUACAAGCGGAGAGAAAUCUCGGCCAUCUAAUUUUACAACAACAAUGAACUGUUGCAUUGACUGUGGCACUUUUCUGGGUUUUCAUUUUUUUGUUGUUUUGAUUUUUCCUGUUUGGUCCCGAUAAACUUCUUUCUGUUCCAAAUUAUUUUAUAUAAAAUGAUAUAAAAAAUUAGUUUGAGUGAAAUAACACUGAACAUCAUUUACAACAACAACAAAAAAAACACAGAAAAUCCAAGUAAUAUAAAAACAUUUUUAAUAGUUUGAACAUUCGGAUGAAGUUAAUUUUUUUUUUUUUUUUUUUUACUGUACACUGUGUUCCACUCGGUGACCGGGAGAUAGCAUGUCCGCGAAAAAGGCAUUUCCUCUUUACUCCAAACUUUAAAGAGUUCACAGCGUCACCACAGGUUGACACAAAGAUCUAUAAAGAUUCCUUGAUCACUCUUGUGUUCCCUUUUUAUUUUGCCUCCAUUCCUUGGAAUUUAAACUUAAGCAAAAAGAAAAACAAGCACGUUUUUUCUUGCUUGCAUGAUUCCCAUGUAAAGUCAUAGGAACUUUUCAGGAGAUCUAAACGCACAUUAUUCUGGGCACAAACAGUCUUCUCUCCUACCAUGUUAGCUGAAGGUUUUUAAUUUCCGGACAGUGUGGCUGGAUGUGCUUUCUUUAUUUGCUAUAGGUAAAAAGGAUGGUACGUACUCCAUUAAUGGAACACAGAUGGUGAAAACAAACUGUAAAUCAUAAUUGUUUCAAACUGUUGGCAAAAUUGAUGGAGAGUUUGACAAAAAAAGGUCGAGGGCAGCACUUAUUAGUCUUUUAUAAAGUUCGGUCUAUUCACUUAUAAAAAAUAAAUACAAGCACAUUUAUUUAGGACCAAAGAUGAGACAUAUUUCAUAGGCAUGGGUAAAAAGCAUGCUGCUGAGUUUCACACAGGACAAUGUCAAAUCAAACUUCCCCUCCCCUAGCCUCCCGAAGUUGGUCAUAACACACUUUUUAUCAAAUACCCCACCACCCUCUUUUACUUGAAACUAUCUCCACAACACACACAACCCGCCUUCAUCACGAUAUAUGAGGUGAACAUCAUCUAUCACCAGUACAUUCCACCUAUUCAUGUAAAAAAAAGGCCUUCGUAUUGUAGUGCUCAAAGGGCAUGCUUGCAAAAGCUGUAAUACUGGAAACUGUUUCUGGAAUCCCUCGCCCUCUGUCUCUGCUCGUAAGGGUUACUGUUAAUAAAGUUGUGUGUGAUGAA